GUCACACCUUUACUGCAUUCUGUUUUCAUCAUACGGCUACCUUUUCUUUAAAGGUUUCAUUGAAUCGACCGCUGAAAAGCAUCAAAUUGGAGCUUAAUAAUGGCCCGGUAUGCAACUUGCAACUGGAACAAUGUCUCCUGAUGAACUAGUGUAUUUGGGAAUCCUUGCUGCCUCAAUUCCUGUGGGCUUUCUGUUCCGCUUCCUCAGCCCAUCAGCAAAGCAGGUGACUGCCCUUCUUGUGGGCCUUUCCAUCACCAUCGGCACCUGUCACUUCCACACACUCCACUCUCUGGUGACGGUGAUUGGAACAUGGAUUAUUAUAAAGAGCAGCUGGCAGUAUGCUCCAGCCUUGAGUCUGGCCUGGACCUUCCUCUACCUCCUCUUCUUUCGGCUGGUCACCUCCUUUGGUUUGCCAUCACCAACUCCUUUUGCCAACGCUGUCCAGCUCCUGCUCACUCUCAAGAUGGUGAGUGUUGCCAACGAGGUGAAGAGUUUUCAUUCCGAAAAGAAGAAGGAGGUGAGCUCCUUUGAGACAAAGUCGCCUGUCAUCGGGUGUCUGGCUGAGGAGCUUUCGUUCUACGACCUACUGUCAUACAGCUACUGUUACAUCGGUAUAAUGACCGGCCCCUUCUUCCGCUUCCAGACCUACUCUGACUGGCUGAGGCAGCCGUGCCCACGAGAGCUCCCAGGCUGGGAUCCAUGUCUGCAGCGCCUUAAGCUAGUUCCUGUGUUCGGAGCCCUGUUCGUGGUUGUGAACUCCCUCUUCCCUCUGGCUUACGUUCGCUCUGAAGAGUUUCUGGAUCGAAACUUCUUCUUCAGGUUCUUCUACAUGAUCGCCGUGUUCUUCGUGUUUAGGAUGCGGUUCUAUGCCGCAUGGUGCGGAGCAGAGGCCGGCUGCAUCAGUGCAGGUCUGGGCUGCUACCCUGAGAGUGCUCUGUGUAAACCAGGUGGAGGCCCAACCGUCAGCUAUAGCACGGAUCCGAGAGGUGGAGAGAAAUAUGACUUCAAAACAAUCCAGAACAUCGACUGUUACAACACAGACUUCUGUGUGAAGGUGCGACAUGGAAUGAGAUACUGGAACAUGACGGUGCAGUGGUGGCUCCAUCACUACAUUUACCCUAACGCUCCCUUCAAAGCCUACACUCUCAGGGCGGGCUGGACCAUGCUGAUCAGUGCCUACUGGCACGGACUUCACCCCGGGUACUACCUGUCUUUCCUCACCAUACCUCUCUGCAUCGCUGCCGAGUCUGCCAUGGAGGCAGGCGUCCGAUCCAAGCUUGGUCCACAAGGUCAGAACGUCUUCGAUUGGGUCCACUGGUUCCUCAAGAUGCGGGCUUAUGACUACAUGUGUAUGGGCUUCGUGCUGCUGAAGGCCUCCGAUACCAUCAACUACUGGUCGUCCAUCUACUUCAUCAUGCAAGUCAUUGCUGUGUGCUGCAUCAUAGUGGGCCGAGCCCUGAAGGGAACGAAAAGAGCGGACAGGGAGGAGACAAGAGAUGGGAAGACGAAGAAGACUGAAUGAAUGGCUUUUACUGUGAACAGAUAUAUUUUUGGAAACAUCCAGACUCUUAUUUUUGCUGUUGUCAAGUCCAGGAAUAUUUCGCAGAUUGUGUGCUCAUAAAAUCAUCAUGCUUUCCUACGGGGGAUAUGGAUUCAUUGAAGUUCGGAAUAUUUCGGGAAGAGCUCAGGAUUCAGACAUUCUAGGAUUGGGACUCAAUAAAAAUGAAUCUGAGUAAUGAGAGGUUUUAUUAUUAGUUAAUCUCAUUUUAAUAAUUGACACAGGAACGAUCAUAUUGUAUUUGAAUCUGUAGACAUAAGCUCAGGAUCACAAUGGAGGUUCUUGGUGAUGAGUGUUGCACUAGGUGCAUAGAUCAACAUAUUUUUGUGCUUCUAUAGUGUUCAAUGCCCAUUAACAUAAUCCCUCAAUGAGUUAUUGUAAUUGAAUAAUCAAAAUAAAUCUUUUUCAUACUAAAGUUAAGUAGAGCUGGUUCAGUGCUCUACCUUAAAAUAAAAACAUUUAAUCCAUCAGUUGCUCGACCAGCAAUUGAACAACAUCUGUUAUACUGUCUGGUAAUGUAGCAUGCUGUGAGUCUGGAGCUGCUGGAGACCAGGAAUAUUUCCCUGCUGGCUACCCUGACGAUAAACUCCUCAGUGAAGUGUGGCUGUCUGGAAGUCAUGCCCACAUGGAAAACUCUGAUGUUAACCAUAGGCUCAUGAAAUACUGAACUGAGUCCUUGAAAACCAUGAAUUUAUGACAUAAAUCAGAACACGCUUUUCUCUCAUUGGAGGGAAAUGCUUCUAUCUCACCCCAUAUAUGAAACACUGUGAACAUUUAUAAGAGACAAAUGUUACUUUUCUAACCCAAUAAGGAGUCAGGUUUGGUUUGUGGCUGCUGAUCGCAUCCUCAUGCUUUACUUUUGCACUAAUGCAAAGCUACAGCUUGAGCUUAAAUGCAAAAUAAAACGGUGUUGUUUACAUUUGUCUAACCGCAACAUUCCAACAAAUGUGAAUCUCAUCCACGGUGUCAUGGACCUAUCCUGUUUUCCUGCCUAUGUUUUUGUUCAUCUGAUUUCACUAUCUGAAAGGACAUUGAUUUUAGAAAAAUCAGCUGGAACUUUUCUCUCAUGUAUUUCACUGCCAAAACAUCUGCACUGCCAUUUAAACGAGACCAAAUGUUAGACUGAAGAGUGCAACGUGGUUUACAUUACAAACUAGCUGCCUGUUUAAUAGAUAGGUGACACUGUUUCAAUCAAUUUGUUGUUGUUGAAUUAGUAAUUCAACUAUAAGCCGCUGCUUUUCAGGCUCCUAAAGGAUUUUUUUUAUUUUCAUCUGUCUUGUUUUGUUUCCAACAAAUUGUGGUCCCUGAACAAAACCACCUCAUACGUCAUUCUCUACUCUUGUCUUGUUUAAGUAUUUACCCGCUUGGAUGAAAAGAAUAUGCUGUGCUGCAGCUAAAAUGUAAAUGCAUUCUAUUUCCUUGCAGUAUUUAAGGUUCUUCUUCUGCUUUUUAUGGGGCUGCAUUGAUGUAAAAAAGCCGGUUUGCUGGUCAAUA